GCCUGGCAAGGUUUGCUGCAAAUGAGCUACAGGAGAACCCCAAGCUUUCACUUCCUGCCUCAUGCCCAACAGUUCCACAUCUUUGGAGUGCUGGAUCUAAAACCUGCCAAUCCCUUCCAGCUGAUGCCUCUCACAGGGACAAAGUGAAGGAGGCUGCCUGAAUCUUCCCUUAUGUUUUCAAAAAUGUCACACCCACCCAACUUGCUGCACUCCUAACAGCCACUUGCAGUAGUGGCUUCACUGCAUUACAUUACCCAUUGUGUGCAUGAGCUGAUCCAGUGUCUACCAUGCCUGAACUAGAGCGACUGGGUGGAUCUAGGCCUCCUGCCAAUGCUGGCCAGAUCCAGAGGAACAUCCUGGAGGAACAUGUGGAAUUGUGGUGGUUCCAGCAGCCCAGAAAAUCGUUCCUUUGCUAUGGGGUGGCUGUGGCACUCAUCCUGGCCUGCGGGGUCGGUGGCAUUGCCCUGCUGUACAGUACUAGCAGCCGUUCUGGGGAAUGGAGGCUAGCAGUGGGCACCACACUCUGCCUACUGGCACUCUUAGUAUUACUGAAGCAGUUGCUGAGCUCAGCCAUCCAGGACAUGAAUUGCAUUCGCAGCCGGGAGCAGGUUGAGCUGCUGAAGAGUGGUGGUGCCUCAGACUGUGCUGUGCUGCUCUUGACAGCCCUGGUGCUACUGGUGUGCGGCACAGUCCUCACUGCCCUUUCCUCCACUGCUACUACCAGUAGCAGCACCAGCACCACACGGCCCCUUGCCAGCAUGUUCAUCAGUGGUAUUGUGCUCACAGCUUCGGGAGCUAUCCUCUUGCUCAGCCUGCUUCUUUAUUUGACAUGGACCUCUUGUCGCUCCGUCACAUCUCACACCCGAGACACUGGCAAUGACCGGGCCCUCUUCACAAUAUCAGGACACAUUGCAGCCAAUCAGCAGCUCGCCACUACCUCUAGCACAACCAACCUUAUUUAAGCAAUAGCUGCUGCCUCUGGCAGAGAGUAAGGUGGCUUUAACUCAAGAUUCAGAACUG